AUGUGGCGUCGUGGUCAGUGUCUGCGUGCCCCUCCAAAAGUGCUCUGCUUGACAAUGAUCCCCGGUGGCGGGGCAAUGACGCCGGCGCUGCAGCAGCUUGGGUACACCCCAUACACCUUCCAGCACACCUUCACAGAGGGUCGUGUGAAUACACAUCCACAAGAGUGGUGCAUGGUGCUGGAUAAACAAAAACCGUUUAACCCCGCCAUUCUUGAAGUCAACCAUGGAGAAACAAGUGGCGAUCGGAAGGGAUUUGACGCUCUUGUCGGGCCGCCAUGUACCUUGGCUUUUGAAGCAAUCUUGAAGGUGUGUCCUCUCAGUACCCGUAUCAUUCUUGUAGAGGAAACCGACAAAGACGCAUGGGCGAGGGAUGCAGCGGCCAUCUGGGACCCAUUGCUACGACAGACAGGACAGGCAGCAAAGCGGCAAGCCGGCGUCCACCUCCACCAGAUGGUCUUAAGGAUGACGAAGGGUAUGACAGGACCGAAUCGAAAACUUUUUGCAGCAACUACCUUGGAAAUGCUAGAAGAGCGUGUGAAGACUGUGGUGCCAAAAGAUAGGCUGCUUGUGUAUCGCUACGGAAGUGGCUGGGAACCACUUUGUCACUUUUUAUCCAAACCGGUCCCGUAUUCAAGUGACGCGGGUGUCAUUUCAUUUCCCCCAUAUGAGAGCGGUACUGAGUUAGCAGCAGACUUGAGUUAUCGUUUGCAGCGAGUGGAGCGGGUCGUGCUGUGGGUGACCUGCUUCCUCUUUGCUGCGUUGUUUGCUUUGUACACACCGCUCUAUACACAACUGCGCGAUAGUGUCGUGGCAUACUACGAUGAAUACCGUGAGGCCUUUGAGCCUGUUUUGCGGGAAAACGAGGGAAAGACGCUCUCGUUACGAAAGGCAUUGGUACUGGCGAAAAAUACCACCAUGUCCUUUGAAGAAAAGUGGCGUGCGCGUGGGGGUGUGAUUGGGGCAGCGGAGGAGGCAUUACGCAAAAUUGGCGAUAGCGGCCGCGGAUAA